AUGCUUCCUAGCCGCGCGAUCGGCAGGGCGCGGCCUUUCCUCCGCCCACGCAAGCCCGCCACGACCAGAACCACCACGCUCCGCACCACAUCGACGAAUUCCUCGCCGUCCACCUCCCGCGCCGCCCAGCGCCUCCUCGACCGCGUGCCCCUCCGCUUCCAAAAAUACACCGCUGGCCUCCGCAAGGCGCCGUUGUCGCAUGUCGUCGCCUUCCUCGUCCUGCACGAGAUUACGGCCGUCGUGCCCCUGCUCGGCCUCUUCGGCCUCUUCCACUACACCGACUUCCUGCCACUCGGGUACGUCACGGGUCACUGGGCGGGCUACGUGCGCGACGGCGUGGGCAUGGCGGAGAGGUACUUCAGCAGGAAGGGGUGGUUCGGGUUCGAGGCCGGCGACCGCGGGACGAUGACGGGGGAGCUUGACAGAAGCGAGGGGUCCGAAGCGACGGGCUCGACAGGGGACGCAGCGGACAGCACACAGGAUCUGAUGGAGCGGUGGCAGAAGGAUGCGAAGUACAAGGUCGUGGUGGAGGUGGCUAUGGCCUGGGCCAUCACCAAGGCGCUGCUACCGGCGCGGAUACUCGUCAGCGUCUGGGGAACGCCAUGGUUCGCCGGCGUUAUGGGAAGGGCACGCAGCGUCUUCAGAUCACGUCGAUAA